AAUGUCAUAUAUAGAAAACUAGAAACAGUCACAAACAUUAGGAAAAAAUUGCUAUUAUCGAAUAGUUUGAAUUCCUGCACUUUUAUCAUUAAGAUACAAAUUAAAGAUUUAAAUUGAUGUUUUGAAGUUUGAACCAUGUUAACCUUGUGAGGUCGAACUAUUGUGAAAAUCAUGAAAUUUUAAUACGGAUCAAUAAUGUUUACUAAAAUAUGAAACUGAGCUUAUAAUAAAUAAGACUAGAUGUUGAUAUUCUUAUAAGAUACAUAUGAAUUUUAUAGAAAUGGUAUUUUUCCAUCUGUAUUCAGUGUUACAGUGGUAUUUUCGACCCUUUAUUAAAUGGUUCCUUCGUAAAACUACAAGAUUAUGUGAACUUCAAAGAAUUUGUUAUGGUGAUAGAGUAGGAGCUCAAAGAACAUGUAACAUUGAAAAUUCUCUUAUGUUAUCACGGACGAAAGAUGUUAAAGAGGUAGUAACAUUUUUAGAUGCAGUGGUAAAAGAAAGAAGAUUUAUUCCAUCCAACUUUUACCAAUUCUUAGAGCCCUCUAUCAAUAUCAUUAUUAGAGUGAAAAAGAUUAAUCGUAAAAUUCACGAUGCUUUUAUACCAUCAUUUCGUUUAUGCUUACAACAAAUAUGGUGUUAUCGGCAAUUGAUUGAGGAAGUUGAAGAUCUUCGUUGUACACAAUUUGACAGUAAUAACUCAAGUCAUGAGGAGAAGCUGCUAAAUUUAUGGAACCUCAUGGUGCCUGAUAAACCAUUGGAAGCAAGGGUAUCAAAAGACUGGCAAUAUAUUGGAUUUCAGGGAGAUGAUCCAAAAACUGACUUCAGAGGAAUGGGACUCUUAGGACUAGAAAAUUUAUUAUAUUUUGUUACUGAAUAUCCUCAAGUAGCGACUCAUGUUCUGAGUCAUUCAAGACAUCCUAAGUAUGGUUACACCUAUGCUAUCGUCGGUAUUAAUUUGACUUCUAUGGCAUAUUAUCUUUUGAAGGACGGAUCAGCUAAGACAUAUAUGUUUAACUCUAAACCGCAUCUACCUAACAUCGAUUUGUUCCACAAAUUUUAUUGCUAUCUCUUUUAUGAAUUCGAUAAACUCUGGAUUGCAUCAAAACCAGAGAAUAUUAUGGAAUUUUCUAUGAUUUUCAAGAAGUUUGAGAAUGCUAUUCGUACAGAGCUGGCGGAUCCAGCUUCAGUGUUCAGAAUAAAUGUUGAAGUUGACACUAUAUGAUUUAGUUAAAGUAUUAGCUGUAAUUUAAACAACAUGACAAAUAUUGUAAUAGCAAAUUUUUUUUUUUUUUAUGAAGUUAGACAAAUUGCUGCGUUUAUUAUUUAUUUCAGUAGUCUUACUCAUGCAAACUAUAUUGCACUGUGCACUGACUUAUAUUUUAAAAAUAUAUGGAUGUGUUCUAUAUAAUGUCUUAUGCCUUAUUAUUUAUUCAGUAGUAUAUCUGGGCUUACACAAAUAUAUUGAACUGUGUUUUAAUUAUAAGGCACUUAUACACUUUCAAUUGAUGUUGUGUACUUGUAAAAAAAAACACUAUAGUUAUCAAAGAGAUUUUUAUUGUCUUAAUGAAAUUAUUUAUCAUGUAGAGGAAAAUAAAAUUUGUUGUAUAAAAAUAUAAACAAUGAUGGAUACAUGUAUUUAAAUAAUAUAUUAAUUGUCCAUUAUCAAAUAAAUAUUGGGAAUGUAUCUCAUAUGGACGGACACAAGAUGUUUUACUUCUAACCUAUUUUAUAAAAGCAUUAUUUUUUAUCAGUUACCACUGUAUGGCUUGUUACAUAUAAAUAAAGUUACGAAGCACAAA